AUGGAGAACCGAGGCAACCUUCGUAAAGCAAAGCCAUAUAUGGAGAAUAAUGUUCCGGAACCGGGCAAGAAGCGAGCGCGAUAUGCCCCAAAGGCAUGCGAGGCAUGUCGAAAGCGCAAAGGCCGAUGCGACGGAAUGGAGCCUUGCGCAUACUGUGUCGGUCGUAGGCAAACUUGCAACUAUGCGGUCAAUUCGGCCACUCCUAAUGAAUGGAGCAGCGACACUGCUGUGCGGUCUCCCGAGAGCAGAAUCCCUCAGAAUGUGAAGGAUCUCGCCUGGAUGCCAGAGUAUGUGAGACUGCAAGUUCUAGGUGGCCUAAUAGCAGGUAUGCAGGGCCAGCUGGAAUCCCUGGCAAAACAGGCUAAGGAGCCAUCCAACUUAGCAAUCGCUGAGCCAACCACAAUGACACAGGGAACUGACACCAGCCCUCCCAAACCCGUUGACCCUAAGCUUCAGAUCGAGCUCGCGGAAGAGCAGUCGGCUGAGGAUAUAAUACCGCAAACAGAACCAAUCCUGGUCCCUGCCAAUUCAUCCAAACGGGUUGCACGACCCUUCUAUGGCCCGACGAGCCCGGACUACAGCCUGAACGUUGCGCAGAUGAAAAUUAGCACGUCUGGCCCCGAAAUUGAAUAUGCUACCAUCGAUGAAAAUAAUCUGAAUGAUGAAGAUUCAGCUAAGGGACAGCAAACUUUGGGCAAAGCAACUACCCAGGAACAGCCACUGUUCCGAACUCUUCUUAGCCGACGGGAGUUCCUACACCUGAUCUAUAUCUAUCAAGAAAUCAUAGGCGAAUUCCAUCCGAUCAUUGAUGUUGAGCGCUUAGUAGACCAGAGUGGUAUCUGGUAUGGAAAGCAACCCUGCGAGAACGAUACAAGAGAAUCAGUGGUGGAAGCCUACGACGUGACUAUACUCAGUCUCGCUCUUGCCAUUGCACUUUGGACUGAGUCUCCCUCUCAGCGUGACAUGGCAGAGAACCUCUACUCUAGUUGUCGUGAAGUGGUCCAUUUGGUCGUCAAUGAUCCCGCAGUCAGUACUAAAAAGGUGGUCGUUACCUUGAUGGUGGGAAUCCAUCACUUUUUCAAGGACCAACUCAAAUUUGCUUGGCGUAUGUGCGGACUAGCCGGUCGUAUGCUUAUGGAAUUGGGCCUACACACCCGAGAGAUCCCAAAUCAACUCAUAGAAUCCGAGCAGGAACGCGAAGAGAUCGCUACCCUAAUCAGCAGUGUGAUAGUUCUAGACCGUCAAUGGAGCGCUGCAACUGGGCUUCCAACAAACUUCCGUGAGUGUAGCUUCGAUGCGGCUCUUAGCAUCUACGUCACAUCUCCUUACCUUAAAGCCAUGCACUCAUUUACUUUGAUUAGCGAUAGGUUCAGUGAACCCAUCGACCGGGUUGCUACCGGGGGCAACUGUGAUGAUGAGGACACACUGGAGAUGAUGAACUUCCAGAUCGAGCAGUGGAAGAAAAAAUGCCUGCAUGGCUACGAUUUGACGAAUCCUGCCGCCUGGUGUAUUUCCAAAGCGAAGCCACCCUCGUGGGUAAUAUUGCUCUACCUCCGGGCAAACGCAGUGCGUGCUUUACUGCUGAGGCCAUGGUUUCUUCCAAAAUCAACUACUGAGCUCAGCAAAACCAAAAUUCCCUCCGGCUUGGAUCUUAUAUCGGAGAGCAUUGACUUGCUUUCCGCAUUAGAUGAGACCACUGACAUAUAUCGAAAGCAGCUCCCACAUUUUCAACAUAUUCUAGCCAGUACAUGCGCCCUUCUCUUUUUGAUUGUUGCAUACAUAGAACAGCAUCGCAUUAAUUGGUCGCCGGAAGAGUAUUCCUCUCAUUUAAUGUCGGUAAACGGAAGCUUCAGCAAGGCUUUCCGACUAGCUGCGACCUACAGUAACUCCUCCCUUGCAGCACGAAGAUUGAGGAAUCGACUCAAAUUGAUGAGAGAGCUUGACUUCAUUUCUCGAGAGGACGACUAUUUUGCUAGCAAACCCAUGAACUCUCCCACUGGCACUGCCAGUGCCAGUAGGAUCAGGUCAAACAGAUCACAGUCUGAUGCUUCACUGGCUUUUACAACUUACGAUCCCACCGAUCUGGCGUUGCCAAUGCAGCCUCUUUUGAUGGAUCUAACAGAGAUGGGGAGCUUUACCGUUAAUAGCUCUUCGAACAUGGGGCCAAAUAGCUUGAUGUAUGACUGGGCGUUAGGAGAAGCCGACAGCUCGUUUCCAAACAUGUAAUUUGUUUUAUCAAAAAAGGUCCCGACUUUGGCAGCGGAUAAAUCCAGCAGCGAAAUGUCG